GUGGUUGUCGGCUCAAAAAAAGUCAGCGGAAGAUUUUUACAGGGAGACGGCUGCUCGACUCGAUUUACAUAUCAAAAGAAGAAUGCCAGACACUUCCAGCAACCAGCACACCCACUCAACAGCACCCAAGCCAGCCUCGAGCAUCAAUCCCGCCUUCAGAUAUCUCGGUAUCCCAGCCUCCUGGUUAGGGACCGACCGACCAAGAAUUCGAUUACCCUCGGCCAAAACUAGCGGUUUCUUGCUAUCUUGCGGCUCAUUGAUUUCACUCUACGUCUACGACCGCCAUCAAUGCAAGAAGAUUAAAGAGAAUUAUCUCAAUCAGAUUCAACACCUCUCCCAGUCCCUCGUUUCAGACCCCACCGAUGACGGAUUCCUUAACAACGACGAUGCUCAUUGGAUGCCACGAAGGGUUACCGUGUAUGGAGCUAGGGUUCCCGAAGACGUUGAUGUCGAUCGGGGAACUCAAUGGUUUAAAAAAUACGUUAAGCCCAUUCUGAUCGCAGCGGCAAUCGAUUAUACCAUCCACAACGGAACGACACCUGGUGCCCUUGGGCGAAAAAUAUCGGCUGAUAUCCGCGAUCAGAGAAUAAUCGCAGCUGCUCAAGAGAAGGAUGGACAUAGAGUCCCAGCUCUUAAACCCGGAAUGCCUGGAUAUCGGGAAUGGCAUGCAGAACAACAUAGACUUACUGGUGGAACUUUGAUCCUCGGACGGGCCACGUUAAAAGAAUACCUUUGGGGACUCAAGCACGGAUACGAACAACAUAUACCUCUGGAUGAACUGGACGAUGAUGAACGAUUUUCGAGGCAGUUGGAAGAAGCCGGUAUUUUCGAAUUAGAUGAAUGUCCCGGAGAGUUCAGUUCAAAUGAAGAUUUGACGAUGCCCGAGGGCUUACGUAGCGUUCAAGAACAACUUAAGCAAACCGAUGGCCACGAUGAGAUCAGCUUCAGCUCUCUAUCCGUGGACGACAAAUCUUCACCUUCGCUCGAAAAACCGUCAAAUUUCUUCAACUUUUUCUCUCAAUCUAAGCACACCCCAUCUUUAUCCUACUCGAAUUCUUCAAGCAAUCAAUCCACUACCAAAACCUUGGCUCCGACUCCGAUCCCACCACAAGCUCCAUUACUCUUAGUUCCAUUCGAUCACCCAAUAGGAAUUCGAUGGUGGCCCCUCAAGAUUUAUAGAUUCUUUAACAGAAGGCAACAAGUCGAAACAGGGGCUCAAGUAGCGAUGAAACUAGUCCGAUCUCAAACUCGACCGAUUGAGCCACCCAAGCAGACAGCUGGACUGACCGAUUCCCCCAAGGAUUGCUCAACGACUGGGAUUGCGGCGGCAGACGUUGAAGACACAAACUUUGAAAUCCAAUUGACGGGAUCGCAAGACUUAGACUUUCUGGCUCCAGAGGCGGACCAACAUCUGAGACGGUCGUAUAAGAAAGUCGGUAAGAGGGUGAUUGAAGAACGGGAUUUAUUUCGGAAGGAGCUGAAGGACCGAUUGAGGAAGUCUAGAGAAGAAACCAACGAUCAAGUUGGAGAAACGGGGCAGAGCGAGCCUCUGAACGAGUCUCAACUACGUCAGGAAGCCUUCCAAAAGGAGAAGAAGUGGUCCGAUCAAUUGCACGGUUGGUCGAUCGUUCGCCAGGGUAGUGGCGUUUCUUGGAGUCCUGAAAUGAGCUCUGCUUUGAAAAUAUACGAUUCCAAACAUCAGGAUGGCAUGAUUAUGACUAGUGAAAAUUAAUGUGAAUAAAUUGUCCCCUCUCCCCACUUGACUUCUUGUUAGGGCCAUUUUUGCUGUUUCCAGCUGUCAUGCAUUCUUCUUCACAACACCCUGCAAUUAUUUCUUGACGCGGAAAGAAUAUAUAUAUUUUCAUCUAGUCAUUUCUUAAGAUAAUUAGUGAGACUUUGUGAAGGGUUGACUCAUGAUCAGCCAGCCACUCUGAUCUGGGUAAUCAGUAGAAUUAGUCAAAUCUUACAAUUUGAUUGACUCUUUUG